AUGGCUGCGUCGAUUGGCGAAGAGUAUUACUCGUACUCGCCGCGGCCCUUUGUCGUGGCGUCGGCUGCAGUUGCCCCUCCUGCCGUCUCGUCCCCGGUGCCAGCGGCUGUGGGGAUGCCACCUCUUCCUGCCCCGUCGUCCGUGACUCAGGCCGGCCAUGUCCUCGCGCCUGCUCCGCCGUCUGUUCCCGCCGUUGCGGCGUUGUCAGCGCCUGUAGUGGCGCCUGGUGAUGCGCCUGCGUUAUUGCCUGCUCCCGCGCUUGCCUCGGCGUCCGUUCCUGCGCCUGCCCUUGGGCCAGCUGCGGCGUCUGAUCCUGCGCCCUCUCAUGCGCCUGCGCCUGUGGUUCCUCCUGCUCCCGUGGGCGUGGCGGCGCCCGUGCCUGUGGUUGCGGCAUCGUCUGCUGCUGCUGGAGUGGCCUCCGCGCCACCGCUGGUUGCGCCUGCCGUGGCGCCUUCUGCUGCUGCUGGUGCGGACCCGUCCUACCAGCCACCUCCAGCCACCAGCGCCGGCCCGAGCUCGGCGGAGGCGAACCGGGCUGCACCACGUGGCGGCCGAGGGGGCUGGUGGGGAGGGCGUGGUCACGGUGGCGGGUGGGUUUACGAUCAGCCGGUGACAAUGGCCGACUUGCAGCGGGUUGUGUCUGACGCGAUGCGCGAGGAGCGGAACGGGCGGGUGAGCCUGAGCAGUUCGCCGCGCCAUGAUCCUGCGCCGAUGUCUCAUCCUCCGCCUGCGCCCUAUGCGCCCGCUCCUCCUCUUCCCUCGACUGCCACUCCUCCUCCUCGUGCUCACGCUGCGUCCGCUGCUGCUCAUGGGAACCGCCUCCGGCUGCCGUGGGUUCCUCCUGUGGCGGGCGUGGAGUUUGUGACUGCGGGCGGGGGACCAGUGACGCCGCAGUAUCCGUCCCUGCUGCCCGUCGCUCCUGAUCCUCCGGCUGCUGAUCUGCCGGUACACUCGCUGGUGGGGCCUUCUCCUUCAGCGGAUGUGCCCGAGGCGUCACUCGGGCAGCUGUGGCGCCUCUCUGAGGGUCUGCGGGCUGUUCACCUGAUCCAGGUGUAUUGCCACGCGGCUCUUUCUCGUGGCGUGCCUCUGGUAGGCGGCCCUCUGGACGAGUGCUCGGAUGCCGCUGACCGGCUUGCCGAGCUCCUUGCGCCUGUGUUGGCUGCGCCCGCGCGGGGUGGAGUUGCGGGCGUUGGACAGCUUGGGACUGCGCUCCGUGGGCUGCGCCGGGCGAUGCGCGCAGCGACUGCAGUCGACCUGAUCGGCGCAACCACUGUGGUGGUGCGCGAGCUUCAUCGCUCGCUGACGGGUCUUCUCGCCGUCCUUGACGCGGAUCAGAUGUAG